AUGGUGAAGAGAGAAGCGGGUCGAGUUCACCGGGUGAUAGUGGAAUGGAGCACAAAUACUCUCCAAAUUGUCCAAAUGGUGAGGAAGGUCUUCAGAAUGAAACUACUGAAAACGACUCAGGAAAUAACGAGUGGUUCGUGUUCAGAACUCGAGCAGUGGGAAUCCGACGUCAGCAGUAGUGGACAUGGAGACCAACGUCUCCCAAGCAACAGAGCCGUCACAUUCGAAUACCGCACAGGAUUGCAGGAGCAGGAAAACACAAAUGGGAAUCAUGCAGACAAUGGGGGCGACAUUUCAAUGGAUUCGGAAAGGAUUAGGCGUUCUGGGAAAGCGAGUCAAGAAACGUCACCUCGAAAGCAAAUGGCAGGCGUCAGUAUAAUCACGUGCCUUGUUUGCGACUGGACGCCGUCGAUGAUUCACGAUGCUAACCGUAUGCGUGAUGAAGUGUCCUCUCAUGUACGAUUGCACAUAAGGGAAGAAUCAAAUAAACUCCCAAACAGAGGGGACAGCUUCUUCGGGGACAAACGCCUAUUGAGUUGUAUGGAUUUCAGUUUAGAGGAAUAUUUUGAGAAAGAGCACCUAACGGAUCUCAGCGGCACGAUAAACUCUAGAAUUAUGGAACGAGUGUACGGAGAUCUUCUUGCCAAGCGCAAAACGGAAGAAGGCUCGGUGUGCUAA